CGAUUCCAACGGAUCAUUCAUUCUCUCUUUUUCUCUCUCUCUACAAUUAUCUUCGUCCUUUUUUUUUUCUUCUUCUUCUUUGACCCUUCUCUCACUUUCCGACCUCCGAGAAACCAUCUAUUCUCCAUUUUUCCUUUCCCGAGAGAGUUAGUCUCCAGUUUCUCGGAGAGAUCGGGUGUGUGCGUUUUUCUUCUGGGAUUUCGUUGAUGGACAAUGUGAUGGCGAUCGAAUAGCAAUUUCCUCGAGUGUAUUUUUUUCUUAAUUGAAUUUUUCAUGGGGAUAUGCUUUAGCGCUGAAGAACGGUACCAAUUUUCUCAGAAGACGAUUCCAGCGAAAUCAGGCAAAAAUUCUGCUGUGUAUCUAAUGAAUUCGGAUUGUCAAGAAUCAGUUGGUAAAUCGAGUGCAACUUGCUUGCCUCUAGCACCUAAAAACAUCAAGGAUCUUCAGUCGAAUCCUGGAUACGAAAACGUCGAUGUUUUCACCUACGAGGAGAUGAAGACGGCCACGAAGCAGUUCAGGCCAGAUUACAUUCUUGGCGAGGGAGGUUUUGGAGUUGUCUAUAAAGGUGUUAUUGAUGAUAAUGUAAGGGCUGGUUACAAGUCUACCAAAGUUGCCAUCAAAGAACUUAAUCCAGAAGGGUUUCAGGGAGAUCGAGAGUGGCUGGCUGAAGUUAACUAUUUAGGACAGCUUAGUCACCAGAAUUUGGUCAAGCUCAUUGGCUACUGUUGUGAAGAUGAUCACAGAUUAUUAGUCUAUGAGUACAUGGCAAUGGGGAGCCUGGAGAAACAUCUCUUUCGAAGAGUUGGAUGCACUUUGACAUGGUCGAAAAGAAUGAAAAUUGCGCUAGACGCAGCCAGGGGUCUCGCAUUUCUUCAUGGUGCUGAACGCUCCAUCAUAUAUCGGGAUCUGAAGACAGCAAACAUAUUGCUGGACGAGUGUUACAAUGCUAAACUCUCAGACUUUGGACUAGCAAAGGAUGGUCCCAGAGGAGAUCAAACACAUGUGUCAACACGUGUUAUGGGCACUUACGGAUACGCUGCUCCUGAAUAUGUAAUGACAGGACAUUUGACAUCUAGAAGUGAUGUUUAUGGAUUCGGGGUACUUCUCCUUGAGAUGCUGCUUGGGAAAAGGGCGAUGGACAAAAGCAGACCUUGCCGGGAGCAUAACUUGGUAGAGUGGGCACGACCGUUACUGAACCACAACAAAAAGCUUUUGAGGAUCAUAGACCCCCGAAUGGAUGGACAGUACGGAACCAAGGCGUUGAUGAAAGUAGCCGGUUUGGCAUACCAAUGCCUUAGCCAAAACCCGAAAGGAAGGCCCCUCAUGAAUCAUGUGGUAGAAGUCCUCGAGAGUCUCAAGGAGGACAGCAAUGUGCAGGAGGAAAUCAUGACUAAUCUCCAUAGCAGGGGUAAGUCCGUAACUUUAUACGAAGCUCCUAGUGAUUCCCAAGGCACUAGCGAUGGAGAUGGGCAGAGGAGAAGACCGGAAAGUAGUAGAAGAAGCAAGAGCGAAGCGUCGGUCAACACUGACAAAUAUGUUUCUGAUCUCGUGUCAGAUUCUGAUCCGGAUCCUACCAAAAUUUAAGACUCCAAGACGGAAAGAUUCACUAGUCAUUUGAGAAUGUAAGAUAAGAAAGUAGCAGAGUUUGCUUAAAUGUAUAAAUAAGUUGAGUCUUCGUUUUGGGAUCUUUUAUUUUUUUGGGAUUACAAAUAUUAGUUCAAUAUUCAAUGCAAUCUAAUCUUUGAAAUUCAAAUGAA